UUCAUUAGGCGAAAAGUUGACCUCUUCAAGCUUUGAAAAAAAAAGCGGCAGCGGUCAUUCAACCCUCUCCUCGUUCCUCUAUGCGCGCAGCGGGACAAUUGAUAGUUGAUUGACAUCAUCAUCUUUCCUUCUUCUCAUCUCCAUCCUCUUUCCUUUCCCCCUACAUCCGACCUCAACAUCCCCCGACAGGUGCAACAGUCUUUUCGACCAAACAAGACUGGCAUCCAUUUCGAUCUAGACCUAGCAUCCCACCAAAGCCGAAUCGAAGCUGGAUAAAGUGAUUUGAUCUGGAAUCACAAAGCCAAUUCCCUUCCACAUCAACAUUCUACCAUCCUCACCCUUUGUUCCGAUCGUCAAUCACUAGAUAACCAUGUCGGCCUUUAUCGAUUAUAGUCGCCGUAUGCGCGGUCAGCGUAAUAGCCCGGAAGAGGAAAAUCAUCAAGAUCCAUUCAACGAUCAACAAGGACAACGCAGUCAGGAGCCAGAUGUCACUUCUGACGUUCAAGCAGGCAAUGCUCACGACGAACAAGAGCAAUACAGACAACAAAAUACCACUACCGGACGUGGUCAUCACUUCGACGUUGAACAUAUUCAUACAACAGGUGAUACAGCACGUACACCAGAUGCACAAGAGUUCUUUGAUCCCACUUUUGGAGAUUACGAAGAUGAGCCACCGCUUGAGAUGGUAUUCUUUGACCAUGUUGUGCAAAAUUACGGUGAAAUGAACCUAUUCAACAAAACAAGAUUGUUCAUCCGUCAAUCCGCUUCUUUCUUUUUGACCCUCGGUGGUUUGGGUGUCGUUCUUGUGGCAGCAUUUGCAGCUUACUUGAACCCGAUGAAGAAAGCUCCUCCACGUGCUCGUGGUGACCGUGAAUACGAGCGCAGAAUGACUGGUGAACGUUUCAGUGGAAAGCCACAAUACUACGCAAACUACUGGGGUUACCGAUGUGAUGAACACGAAAUCAUCACCGAAGGAGGUUGGAUUUUGAAGGCACAUCGUGUCUCUGAUCCUCGUCGUGGUACUGCAGCCGGAUACCCUGUCGUUUUGCAACACGGUAUCUUGUGUAACUCAUCCCACUUUUUCGUUUGCGAAGAAAGAAGUAUGGCAUUCUGGAUGGUCGAUCAAGGUUACGACGUUUGGGUGACCAACAUUCGUGCCAACUUUGGUGCAGGACACACUGAAUAUACCCGUAACGAUCCAAGAUUCUGGGCUUUCGGUCUCAAAGAGUUGGCAUUCGAUUUGCGUGACGUUAUCGAAUUUAUCACAGGUGCAACUGGACGUCCACGCGUGGCAUACGUCGGUCACUCGCAAGGAAGUGGAUCAAUGUACAUCGCCCUUUCGCCAGGUAUCUGCCCUGAGCUUGGCAGAAAGAUCUCUUCUUUCACAUCUGUUGGUCCCGCUGUCUACUCUGGUCCCGUUCUGCGUAAAUUCCCCUUCAGCUUGCUGCGUCAAUUCCGUUCCCGUAAAUGGUGGUCAACGAUCUUCGGUGUCAAGGAAUUCAUCCCAGCUAUCGGUCUGUUCCAACAGUAUCUACCUGCAUACAUUUUCGGACAUCUUGGUUACGUUAUCUUCUCUUACUUGUUUGGUUUCCACGAUCACAAUUGGGUAAUGCGUCAAAAGCCAAAGAUCUUCCGCACAUUGCCCGUUCCCACUUCUUCCGAAUUGUUAUACUACUACAUGAGUGGUUUCUCGCAUCGUGGAUGCAUCUUUGACCCACGUGUACAAGAACCAUGGUUCCCACGUACAUUCCCUCGUCAUUCGAUCUAUUAUGGAAACUUGGACAUGUUGGUAUUGGGUAAACCAUUGGCACAACGCAUGGAAAGGCAUGAAAAGAAUGUUGAUAUUGUUCAUGCAGUCGAAUUGGAAGGAUAUGAACAUUUGGACUUUAUCAUGGGAAUGGACGCUCACAGAGUUGUUUAUACUGGAAUCAAGGAUACCAUCGAAAGUUCCAUCUCGGAAGAAGAACGUUCGCCUGAAAUGGCUGAACGUCGCUAAAGGUGGGAUUGAUGUGACAUUCUCUCUUGCUUGCUAUUCAUGCAUUUGCCUUUUCUAUUGCUAUGCAGAACACUUUUUCCUUUUCAUUUCGUAUUUCUAUUUGGCAUUAUUAAUUUUCAUUCUCUCUAUAUUCUUUCCAUCUAAUUUUUGUCUCUUCUUUCAUCAUACAUCCAAAUCACUCUCAUUUCGAUGGCCCUCUCUCUUUCGCUUUUGUCGCUCUGCGUUUCUUCUUUGCACAUACACACACCUGCCCAUAUGGGAUGAUUUGGUGAGACUAUAAUACCAACACUUUGUCCAAAAGAGCUUUCAG